AUGGAGCACGAUCCUUUGACAUAAUUUUUGCAUCUACUCAAAUAAAAGCAAGCAAUUAAUGAGAAAUAAUUCUGGGAAUUGAGUAAUGAAGAAGGGCAUUCUGCAGAAUAAGAAAUAGCAUUAGCAAAAGAAUUAAUGAUUUAAGAGAGACAUAUUUAAUUGAUUGAUUAAACUAUAAAGUAAAUUAGAUUAUAUGAUUUUAGAUUGAGAAAUCAAGAUAAAACUUUGAAUUUUGCAUUCCCUAUGAAAUAUGCUAUGAAUUUAAUAUAAAAUCCUGAUAUAAUAGAAGAAUACAAGUAGUAUAAUAUUAUUGAUGUUUCAGAAGAAUUCGAAAAGAUUGUAAUAAAUUAUGUUAUUAUAAAUUUAGAAUUUUAAUACCAUCACUGAAGAACAGGUUAAAGGCUUUUUGAUUAUGAAAUUUGAUGAUACAGCUAGUUAAAGGAGUGAUGCAUGGGAAGAUGAUUUAGGUGAAGUAGUUGAAGUUGAUAAUCAAGAAUUAGAAGACUUAGAAAAAGAAGUUGAUUAAUAGGAAGAGAAAAUAAUGGAAGAAGAAGAAUAAAUGAUUAAAUAAUAGCCUGAAUUAUUAGAAUAAAUUGAAGAAAAUCAUAUUGAUCCUAAUUGGAAAAUUGAUGAAUCUAAAGCCUAAUUGAAAAUUCAUAAUAAAGUUAUAUGCACUUUUGCUUAGAAUCCUGUUUCAAAAGAUACAAUAGCAAGUGGUUCUGAAGAUGAUCAUCUAAAAAUUAUUAAACUUUCUACUCAAAAAAUAAUAUUUGAAAAGAAAUAUGAUGAAACUGUAGGUUUAGUAGAUUUUAGUUAUGAUGGCAAAUAUGUUGCUGCUGGUAUACUAACAGGAAAGAUUUAUAUUUAUUUAUUGAAUGAUAUGAGUGAAAAAAUACUUGAUGGAAGUCAAACAGAACCUAGUGUAUUAAAAUGGCAUCCAAAAGGAAAUGUUAUAUUAGCAGGAUUCUAAGAUUCUACUUUAUGGAUGUGGAAUGGAGUUAAUGGUGAAGUAAUGAGUGUAUUUGCAGGCCAUGAAGCAGAAAUUACUUGUGGUGGUUUCACUCUAGAUGGAAAAUUAGUUGUUAGUGGUUCUGCUGAUCAAUCAUUUAGAAUUUGGAAACCAAAUACUUCUGAAUAAGUUGUAAAAAUAAGUGCAGUUGCACAUAAACAUAAUUAUCAUAAGGAUGAUGUUGUUUGUUUUGUAUAACAUCAUAAAUAACCAAUCAUUGCAACUGGUAGUAGUGAUUCAACUAUUGCAUUUAUCAAUUUUGAAGAUGGAAAAGUAAAUUCUAAUCUAAUUAUUAGGUUAUUGGUAAAAGUGAUCCUUUAGGAGAUAGUAUUGUUGAAUUAUGUUUUAUUGGAACUAAUUAACCAAUUAUUGUUGCAGGAGAUAUGUCAGGUUCUAUAUAUAUCUAUAAUUGGAAUUAAAUGAAAUUAAUAGAAAAACUAUGUUUGUGCAAAGUAAUAUAUAACUUAUCUUUAAUUAGAAUUCAAUCACAAAAAUUUUAUUUUAAUACCAACAUUUCUAAAUCUCUAGUUUAGAUGGUAAAAUAGUUACAUUUGAUGUAAGAUAAAUGCACAAUUACAAAGUAAUUUAAGCUAAAUCAGGAAUUUAUGAAAUGAUAGUUGAAGAAGGAUGGAUUUUAAUAGGAUGUGAAAAUGGUUUUGUAUAUGUUUAUUGA